AUGUCGACACCAACCGCCGGAACGCCAUCCCGCAUCCCCAUCUCUCCCAUUGCCUCAGAGGAAGAACGAGAACAAGCACUUCGUGAUUACAAGGUCACUAUCGAGUACAAACAUUUGAAAUCCCAUGCCCCCGGUGGUGUUUAUUUGAUUCCGGCCAUCGAGAACCUCAGGAAUUUCUUUGGAAUCAUUUUCAUUCGUCGUGGACCCUACACCAAUGGCAUUUUCAAAUUUCAACUCAAGUUGCCACCUAAAUACAAUGAUGCCAAUACGUGGCCACAAAUCACCUUUUCCAGCUACGUGUACAGUCCCUAUGUCGACGAGGCCACUGGAGCCUUGGAUAUCAAGAGUGCCUACGCGAAUUGGGAUCCCUCUCGGCAUUAUUUGGUGACAGUCUUGACAUAUCUGAAAAAGAUCUUUUAUUCCAAAAACUUUGCAGACGCCAAGGCCAAUGUGACCGCCAAGGAAUUGGCCGAGAAGGAUCCAGAAGCCUUUCGCAAAAAGAUUGACUCCUGUGUGAGAGAAUCCCAAAAGAACAUGUACACCAAUGACGAAGAUUCGACGGCCAAGUUUACCGAAGAACAAGUAUCCCACCGAGUAUUGAGAGAUUUGCUCAAACAUCACAUUCGAAACGAGUCCCAAGUCACCAAGCAAGCAGUGUUGGCGCAAAUUGACAAGGCACGGAAAGUGUAA